UUCGAUUCCCGGCAGAGGCUUAAUAAAUGUCUUUGCAGGCGCGCUUUCGUUUUUGAGUAAAUGACAUUAAAUUUUGUUUAACGGUUGAUCGAGUUAACUACAUUAAAUACUUGCCAUAUAAUAGUCGAGAUUAUUACUGCAGUAUCGUUUGGUUUAUAUUUUAUUUAUUAGACGAAUGGAUAUCUUACAACCACUGCCAUUGAACGAGUGGAAAAUCUUACGAGAUUCACUCAAGCGUGAUUGGCCUACUUAUUCAUACUAUUACUAUUUAAUCAACAAUUCAAUUAAGUGGAAAACGAAAGAUCCUCAAUUUAAACUACAAAUCUAUUGCCCAAACAGUGAUGUCAAUGCAGGAACCUUCAUUGGUAUAUCGACCCAAGCAUGGUGUGUUGUCUACUUAUUCACGUUCAAAGAGUCGAAAGAUUUACUGCGCCGAGCUCUAAACGAAACAAAAGUGAUUGGUUGGAAUGAAUUUACCUUAUUUUCCGCCGUGCACCCACAUUUUAGCGAUGUUUUCGAAAAGUUUUUAAGCGAAGAGGCGGAAAAUAGAAAUAUUGCACUGCAAUUUAAAAGUCCAACGGGAUACUAUUUUAAGUCGAAAGAAGAGUGUUUAAAAAUUGAAGUAUCGGUUCCUGAAGAAUGCGAGCUUCGACACCUGAACGAAUCGCAUAUCCCAUUGAUUCAUUCGCUGUGGCCUCAUCGAAGCGAAGACGAGCCUGAAAAAUCGACCGAAUUCUUGGCAUCGAUGGUAAGACUGAACAGAGGUAUUGGACUGUUUUUGAAAAAAGGCGGUGUUUUAGUGUCUUGGAUCAUACAUUUUGAUUGGGGUGGCUUGGGAAUGCUCGAAACCAUCGAAGAACAUAAACGUAAGGGUUACGGUAAGCUUGUGGUGAAGGCUAUGAUCAAGGAAUUAGCCGAAGAAGAAAAUUUAGAUUCCUUCGCAUUUGUAGUAAAUAAAAACGUCCCCUCUGAGAAACUUUUUGAAUCAUUAGGUUAUAAACGUCUGCUAAAUCCUAUUUUCUAUGGUACGAUUCCUAAACUGAAUAGUAGUUAA